AUGGCGAACGGCCACGGGGUGAAGGAUGCGCGCUUUGCGCGUGUGCAAAGCGACCCGCGAUUCCGGCGUGCAAAGCGCGAUGAUACCAAGGUCGUGCUAGACGAUCGCUUUAAGGAUGUGCUGCAACCGACAAAGGGCAAGAAGCUCGACCGGUUCGGCCGCCGCCAGGCAGAAGGCGAGGCCGAAGAGCUCCGCCGCCUGUACCGCCUGGACGGUGGCGAUGCCGCACGUGGUGAGGUCGAGCUCGAGAGCAGUAGCGACGAGGAGGACGAGGAAGAAGAGGAAGAGGAGGAGGAAGACGACGACGACGACGAGUCGGAAGAGGACGAGCCGGUGGUCAUCGGCCGCCAAGACGCCGUGCGGCGUGCACAGGCCUACGACUCGGACGACUCGAUCGAUCUGGAGGAGGAUGACUUUGAUCCCGAGGUCGUCGCCGAGCUCGACAAGCAGGCGUCCGGCUCCAAAGGCUCGAAGAAGCGCGAGGUCGUGGCGCGUGGCGACGAUACGUGCCGCCUUGCGGUGGUGAACAUGGACUGGGACCAUAUCCACGCGCGCGACCUGUACAAGGUCUUUGCGUCGCUUGUGCAUCCCGAGGCGACGCGCCUUCCCCAUGAGCCGCUGCCGGCGUCCGGCAAGAACGGCUUCCAGUCCCUGACGGCCGUGCGUGGCCAAGUCAAGUCGGUGCGCGUGUAUGUCUCCGACUUUGGGCGCGAGCGCCUUGCAAAAGAGGACAUUGAAGGGCCGCCGCGAGCCAUCUUUAAAGAGGCCAAAGACUCGGACGAGGACGAGCCGCUGUACCAAGUCGACGAAGGCUCCGAGUUUGACGAGCAGGCGCUGCGCAAGUACCAGCUGGAGCGCCUGCGCUACUACUACGCGGUCGCCACCUUUGACUCGAAAGAGAGCGCGCGCUUUGUAUACAACGAGAUCGACGGCACAGAGAUGGAGCGCUCGGCAAACCUCUUUGACCUGCGCUUUGUCCCGGACGAUAUGGAGCUGCCGGACGGCGAAGACGGGCGCGAGUGCGGCUGGCGCGACGAGGCGACCGACGACAAAGGGCACUACGAAGGCCUCGACUUUAAGACGGAUGCGCUGCGCCACUCGCGUGUGCGUCUGACGUGGGACCAGGACGACCCGCGCCGUAUGAAGGUGACGCACGCCGCGGCACGCAACCAAAAAGACGUGCACGAAGACGAUAUGAAGACCUACCUCGCGUCCGACUCGGAGGAGGAGGAGGAGGAUACGGCACAGAGCCGCGACCGCCUGCGCUCGCUCCUUGCCGCGCCCAAAGCGAACGCGUUUGACGACGCGGACGACGAGGAGAGCAUGUACGCGCCCAAGUCGCGCGACGGCGACAUGCAGAUCACGUUUGUGCCUGCGCUCGCCCCCGGUGCCAAGCCCGCCAAGCCGAGCGAGGACGAAACGACGAUCGAAAAGUACAUGCGCAAGCAAAAGGAGAAGCGCGAGCGCAAAAAGGCGCAGCGCGAAGAGAAGGAGAAGGGUGAAGAAGAGGCGGAAGAAGAAGAGGAGGCGGGCGCCGGCGAGGACCUCGGCUUUGACGACCCCUUCUUCGCGUCCGACCCCGGGGACUUUGAGCAGGCGCUCGCCCAGGAGCAAGGUAACAAGAAGGACAAGAAGGACAAGAAGGACAAGAAGAGCAAGAAGAGCAAGAAAGUGCGCGAGCCGUCGCCGCCGGCCGACGCCGACGGACACGACUCAGACGCGGACCAGCACUUUUCGCUGCAGGACAUUGUGCGCGCCGAGAAGCUGCAGAACAAGAAGCUCUCAAAGCAGCAAAAGAAGCGCGAGGCACGCCGCGAGGCGAAGCGCACGCCGCUCACGCAGCCGAGCUUUGCGAUGGACACGCAAGAUCCCCGUUUCGCGGCGGUCAAGGAAGACUACCGCUUUGCAAUCGACCCCAACCACCCCGGCUUUGUCAAGACAGAAGGCAUGCAAAAGCUGCUGGAGGAAGGCCGCAAGCAGCACCCCCAGUCGCAAGAUGCCCCUCCCCCUUCUGCGCCCGACCUCCAGUCGCUGGUCUCGUCGGUGAAGCGCAAUGCACCGCAGGUCAAUCGCCGUGCCAAGAAACAGCGUUCAUAG